AUGAGCUCUUAUGUGGAGGCUCCUUAUUUCUCUUCCCCAAGCCCGCCGUCGCUAAGCAGUGCCGUGCUACGAGCCAUAGCCAAGAGUGAAAGCGUCGACCCCACGCCGUCAGCACUGCCACCAGAAAGUAACGAGGCACCUGACGUGCCGUUAACUCCGAAGCGCACGUCCGUCUACAUUCGCCGACUUUUAGGUCUCGGAAGCACAUCCUCGAGCCGCACUAACUCUUCCCCGUCGAAAUGGGAGGACAUUAGCGACUCGGACACCGUCUCUUCCAAACCCUCCGCCUCAACCGCCGCGAUCUACGGCCGCGAUCAUGCCACGUCGGCUUCUGCGGAACUUGCCAAGGGCUCAGCCGCCGCCGCCGCCGCCGCCGCCGCUGCCGCUGCCGCUGCCGCUGCCGCAGCAGCAGGGGGACCUGCCGGGCUUAAGGGGAGGUCACGGCGGGAGCGCAGCGUCUCCCCCGUUCCGCAAGGAAGCCGCCUAUUCGCGCCUACCCAGGCGUCUAUGGCAAAGGCGCGCGCCGCCGAUAGAGUCAGUGCCGCCUCCGCCGCCGCAGCAGCGAUGGGCGCUGGAAAGAAGGCGUACGAUGGCGGGGCCGCAGCCUCCGCUGCUUCUGCUGCCGCCGCUGCCGCCGCCGCCGCCGUCGGCGCCGCCGCGACGGGCGGGAACUCCAGCCGCGUCGUGCCGAGCAGCUUGCUAGGACUGGACGGCAAGUCGACUGACGAACUUCCGGCUGUAAUGCCAGCGGAAUUAACGUCCGCGCGGUCGCAAGCGCUGUCGGGCGGGAAGAGUCGCGGCAGCCGCGGGGACAUUGCGGGGAACUCCGCGGCAGGCGGAGCAGGCGCAUCAGCAGGCAGCGUUUCUGCCAUCCCCGCGCGUUCGCUCUCAACGGGUUCGGUUUCAACCGCUAUCAAUGCGGGGAGCGCGGGGAAAGGGGGAAAGGACGGCUCUUCCGCCAGUCGUCGCGGCAGGUCGACAGGACCAGCUGACCGGGAAGACAGCAAAGCAAGCGCAGGCGCAGGCGCAAACUCCCGCGCUGGCGGAGUAAGCGGGCUCCGCUCGCCCGUCCCGAGCGGAAAGGAGCGCUUCCAUCCGCACCGCUCCCCCACGCACCCCCCGUCCUCUGCGGCGUCCGCGCUUCCCCCCCAGUCUCGCUUUGCGCACGCGGAAGAAAGCCGCGUCCCUGGCGGGUCGGGGAAGCUCUACGAGUUCUCCCCGCCGCUGGGAUCUUCCGCCAGUCUGCGCGCGGAAGCGGAUGUCCGCGGAGGAGCUGGCGCAAUCGGCGGAAGCGGAAGCGGCGGAGGGAAGCGCCCAGGGAGCGGAAUCGGAAGUUACGCUGCGUUGCUAACCACGUCGAGCUCGUUAGAACUGCCCGCUGGUGGCGCGAAACCCGCCGGCAAUCGCGGCAGGCCCGCGGAUAGAAUCGAUGGCGCUGACGUGUCGUCGCCCGACAUGACUGCCGCGAUUGGCUCGCCCGCACGGAGCGCUGCGGCCGUGGCCGUCAAGGGGCGGCUGUCCGCAAAAGGCGGCGGUGGGAGUGGAGGGAACCGCAACGGCGCAGCGGCGGACGACAAACCUGCGGAGAUGUUUUCCCCCGCGCUGUCGUCCUCCCCCUCACGCAUCCCGCUUCCGCGCAAGGUGCUAUCCUCUGCUUCCUCCGCCGCUGGUGCUGGUGGGAGUGGCGCGGGGUAUGGUUGUGGCGGUGCGAGCGGCAAUGCGGCGAGCCGGCAAAUUCUAGAGGUGGAGGAGGAGGAGGAGGAUGAAGGACCGCUGCAAUUCGGUUGGCCUCUGAAAUCGCUGGAUUGGAAGCAGCAGCAGGAAGAUAUGGCUAAGGAGGAAGAAGAGAAAGAGGAGGAGGAGGAAGAGGAGGAGGAGGAGGAGGAUGAUGAGGAGGGGAGUGAGGGGGAGCAAGCGGGUGGGGAAGGUGCUGCGAGUGUGCUGAGCAGGGGUGAGGGCGAGAGGAGUAUGAGUGGGCGCCAGGAGAGCACGUGGCUUAGUGGGGAGUUGGCAAUCGGAGUUGCCUGCCCGCUGCUCUCGCGCACUGUCAGCGGAGCAAGGGAGGAGGUAACAGCAGAAGAAGAGGAAGAGGAGGAGGAAGAAGAAGCGGAGGGAGAAGAAGAGGCGGAGGAAGAGGAUGAGGAGGAAGAAGAGGAGGAGCAGGAAGUGGAGGAGAGCGGAUUGGUGACGCCCGCGCAGGUAGCUGUGAGCAAGCUCUCGGAGCAAGCAGCAGCAGGAGGAGGAGGAGUGGCUGUGAAGGGGAAGGGGGUGGCAGUGCCGGGAGCAGCAGCAGUGCAAGGAGCAGUGCAAGGAGCAGCAGCAGCGCUGCUGGAUGCCGUGGUGCCGGGUGGCAAGUCUUGGCUCAUGCUGGGGAAGCUCACAGACCAGGCAAGGCGGCAGGAGGAGCGGCGGCAGCGCCGGCUUCUAUUCGAUGCGGUGAACGAGGCGUUGGGACGGAGGCUCGGGCCGUUCCUGGAGGCGUCGCCGUGGCUGGCGGCGGUGCAGCAGGUGCCGCUGGUUCGGCCCAGGCCUGAGGGGCAGGCUCUGCUGCUGGAGGUUUGGGAGGAGGUGCACGACUGGCCGGUUCCGGCUUCGGAUGAGGUUUAUGAUAUCCUAGAUGAUGCUGCGAGGAGGGACAUGGCCCGAGGGCUUGAUAAAUGGACGGACACGAGUGCCGAGGCUUUAAUGGCAGUGACUGCGGUGGCUCGGCCGACGGUCGCUAUAAAGAAAGGGGCAGUGGAUGCAGUUGGCAAUCGUGGUGUUCUUGCUUCUCUUCUCUGCCCACUGUGGGCGUUGCUGCAAUGA